AUGGAGGGCGGCGGCGGCUGCCAGGGCGUGGCGAAGUGCUCGGAGGGCGUGGGCGGCGAGGCAGCCCGCCCCCUGCCGGCGGCGCCGCCCGCGCACGGCCUCGCCGCGGGCGCCCGCGCGGCGGCCCCCCCACGGGCCGGCGGCGGGCCUGCGCUCGCCGCGCCCGCGGCGCUCGCCGCCACCGCGGCGGGUGUGCACUGCAGGACGGCGCGGCGUCACCGCCGCCGGCACCAGGGGCAGCCGAUCAAGGCGCAAGUGUCCUGCCGCGGAGCGCCUCCGGGGCUGAUGUGGCAGUCGACGCACGGGACAGCAAGACGUCGCUGCGCUGGAGCGGCAGUGGGAGCUCCCAAGCGAAGGGCAGGAGGAGGAUUGUGUGCAGCCCGAUGAGCGGGCCAUGCAGAAGGACUCCGCCGAGGCCCUGGCAGAGACCUGUGCACUCUUCCUGCUGAGCGCCCUGGCCGCAGCAUUCCGGCACACUCUGAAGUCGCCCUGAGCCGAAAGCACAGCUCGCCACGAGGCAAGCGGGUCCUGAAGCAACGGGUUCUGAAGGUUCUUGCCCCACGUUCAAGAUCCUGGGAGGGCCCUGAGACCGUCAGAAAACCUCGGAUCGGAGCUCCGAACGUUGAUGUGCGUGUUGGUCUUCUUGUUCUUCGAACCGCACGUGGGGCCGCGGGGAGGGCGUCCCAAUUCUUUCAAGUACGUAUUCGACAACAAAGCGCGCUGCGUGCACGCAUGAAUUUGUAGUGGCACCCAGUGCGCCGCAAUGCCGGCCCUCGGUGCACUCUGCCUCAAGCGUUUAUCGGCUUGCGGUGGGCUUCUGCUCGGCAGCCCCUGGUCGGGAAGCACGGGAUGGCGGGGCGAGAUUCCUGUGGCGGCUGGGCAGGGGGGCUCGCAUGCUGUGAUCGCGCGCUGUGUAGUUUGCUGUAUUUUCUUGUCCGGCUCCGGGUGCGCGGCACCGAUUUGAAGACAGACGAGGGCCCGCGCCCGCGCCCCUGCAGAGUAUGCUGGGGCCAAGGCCUGCGGCUCUGACUGGUGCACCCGACCUCUCCCCGCCGGACCCCCGUUCGGCCAGACUCGUUCUGUGGCCAGCGGGGGGCCUUCUUUGGUGUUCCUCUCUGGGCCGCUUUUCGGUCGCGCAAUUUUCGAUUGCAGUUAGUUGCUCGUUAGUCUUUCAGUGGUCCCUUGCGCGAUUUCAACACUGUACAUAAGUAUCAAGGUGUGCGAUCGGGAUGGACAAGUCGUUGUCCAAGAUGGCCGACUGUCUAAAACACUCCAUUCCCUUGUACAUGCUUCACCAGAUGCCUUUGCUUUCUUUGAUGCGCGUGUCACCGCGUGGCCUGUCUCAUCAUAACCGUCGUGGCUUCUCAAGUAUAUGGCCCGGUCCGCAAGAGUUCAAGUCAUACUCUGUUCGGGAUUCGAUGCGGCUUUCAGUAUAGUUUGCGCGGCAGGCAGUCGUUCUACACGGACGGGCUCGAUUGGCGAGUUUACCGGAGACGUAAGUCUCUCGUUCAGACAGUGAUCGGUCGGCUUGUUGUUCGUAAUUUCUGCGGACCGACUUGUUGUAUUCCGCGUCCCCGUGAUCAUCCAUGAUACGACGGUGAUGCUGGACUGGGCGAUGUUUAUCCAUUCGUGAAGUGGCC